CUCGACGAUCUCCAUUUUGUGUGAGCUGUGAAAGCCGAGCAAGCGUCGUCCCCGCAAAAGGCAAAAACCAAGAAAGACAUAAAAGUCAAAGUUAGCCGACGAACCGCUCGCUAACCAAGUUAUUAUCCGAAAGGAAAGCAAAUCUUAUCGUAUGUCCGCUAUCCAGAACCUCCAAACUUUUGACCCCUUUGCUGAUGCAACUAAGGGUGAUGACCGCCUCCCAGCCGGGACAGAGGACUACAUCCACAUAAGAAUCCAACAGCGGAACGGCAGGAAGACCCUCACCACUGUCCAGGGCAUCUCCGCCGACUAUGACAAGAAGAAGCUAGUCAAGGCCUUCAAGAAGAAGUUUGCCUGCAAUGGGACAGUGAUUGAGCACCCAGAGUAUGGUGAAGUGAUCCAGCUACAGGGAGACCAGCGCAAGAAUAUCUGCCAGUUCCUCAUUGAGAUUGACUUGGCCAAGGAGGAGCAGCUGAAAGUCCACGGCUUCUAGAAGCUGCAAAUCAGCCCUCUCCCAUCUCUCCUGGAAGGCCAUUAAACCCCCCUCCCCGUCCCCUCCUCCUAUGUGCUGCUGUUGCUCUUCCUCCCCCCUUUCCCUCUUUGCAGCCCUACCAGCUCCUAUUAGCUAACACGUGAAUUACCUCUGACAAACAUGGGACUCUGUAACACCACUGCCCCCCUACAACACCAGGGGGCAGGCUCGCUCUCACAAAGACACACCACUGCAGCUCCACACAACAUCAGGGAUGAGUGGUGAUGACCCUCCCACACACACUUCCUCCUUCCUUUCCCCCUUGUUUAUUUCCUUUUUAAUUUUUUUCUUUUUAGGUCUUGUGCCACAGUAAGGAGGCACCGUUUCAUGUAACUUUUUGUUUUGUACUUCAAGGUGUUUCAAUAAAACGAUGAGUCUCCAUAUGCUGGAGUGGAGUGGUGUCAUGGGGAACGGGGUGGGGGCUGGAUGUGUACAGGAGGGUCAUACAUUUUCUAAUGGUGUUUACUGAUGAAGUGGGUUAGAAGAACAAGGUCUUUAGGUGGGAGGAUGGGGAAAGGGGAUUGCCAACAUAAGUAAUUUCCCUCUUUUUUUCAGUCUUUCAACAUCCCACUGGCGUUUACAUGUUCAGUUGCCUGCUCUCAGUUUACAGAGCCAAGUUUGUAAAACGCUGACUGUCUCCACCACCGCUCCCUGGAAAAUGUGUUUAUUGCUUUUAUUUAAUGGCACAUUUUUUCUAAUUGCUUUUUUAUUUUUUUUUUUUUCUUUCUUUUGCUGCCCAUGUGAGUUUUGAAACUAAAUGGGUGUUCUCUGGUGGUCUUAUUUUGGUCAAAGCGAGGCAUGUGAUAUGAAAGGCUGAGUCAGUUCACUAUGUGAUCAGAUGAACCAUCUAGAGUGGGAAAUGAAAUCAAAUGCUGGUAAUCUUUGCCUCUAGUGUAGAUCGAUGGCACUAAGCGAGUAUGAUUUCUAGGUGGAAAAAUUAAGAACAUAAUUAUUUACCGGUAAAUGAAGUUAGUUUCCUACUCUGGCAUUUGACCAGCUUUCUGGUUUGGUCUAAAAACAAAUCUGGUACCAAACCUGUGGUUAUACACACUUGAAUCUUUAAUUUCCUAUAAUGCAAUAAUUUAUAAAUACAAGUAAAGAUGUAGUAAUGCUGAAAUAAUACAGUAAAAAAUAAAGCCAUGGCCAGGUCACACUGUGCUCCUGUGACUGGAGGUGAGAGAGCAAGUCUGUUUUGCAAAAUCCACAUUUGGUUCAAUAAAAUUUCUGCAGUUGA